AUGGGACCCAGAGCAAUGCGCAUGCCAGGCAAGCGCCCUGAAAACGAAGUGAAGUUUGACACCAAUAACAACGAAGAGGAGGAGGGAGAGCUAUUUGACUUUGACAGCGGAGAUGAAGUUCCGGAAGCAGACCGGCAAGCCCCGUCAACCCAUCAGACGAGCGGCUGCGGUGCGGAGGGAGGAGGUGCAGGUGAGACCGCAUCCCCUGAGGCCGAGCCUGCGAAGCUUGUGCUCCCAACGAGAGUGAACCCGUAUUCUGUCAUUGACAUCACACCAUUCCAGGAGGACCAGCCACCGUCUCCAGACGCAAACACAGAGGAAGAAGGGGCGGGCCUGCGUGUGCCCAGUGGUUACUCUGUGCCUGUGCCCUGUGGCUAUGCUGUCCCGUCUAACCUGCCACUGCUGCUCCCUGCCUACUCCAGUCCCGUCAUCAUCCGAGCUGAGUCUGUAGAAGAGGAAGAAGCAGCAUCCGUUGUGGGAGAUGGGCAGUGUAAUUCCCUAAGCUCGGAAGAUCUUCCACACAGUGGCGAUCAAGGCAGCCAAGGAGGCAGUGCCCUGGCCCGGUGGGCAGCCGACCCUGCCAACACAGCAUGGAUGGAAAACCCAGAGGAAGCAAUUUAUGAUGACGUUCCAAGAGAAAACUCCGACUCUGAACCAGAUGAAAUGAUUUAUGACGAUGUGGAGAACGGAGACGAAGGUGGAAACAGCUCACUGGAGUACGGGUGGAGUUCCAGUGAGUUCGAAAGCUAUGAGGAGCAAAGCGACUCGGAGUGCAAGAAUGGGAUUCCCAGGUCCUUCCUGCGCGGCAGCCAUAAAAAGCAACUCUCUCAUGACCUAACCCGCUUUAAGGCGCACUGUGAGGAAAAGAUGAGAGGCUUGGUGGCCAGUACAGUGGGAGCCGUGGAGGCGCAUCAGGCAAAACACAGGCAGGAGCGGAAGAUGCAAAAGCUCAUGAAGGCAGCCAAGGAGGGGACCAAAGACGGGCUGGAGAAGACCAAAGCUGCGGUGAAGAGAGGCCGUUCCUUCAUCAGGACCAAGUCUUUCGUCUCUCAAGAUCAGAGGUAUUGCUUUGAAGAGGAGCAGAAUUUGUUUAUAGACGUUGACUGUAAGCACCCGGAGGCUGUCCUGACCCCAAUGCCUGAGGGUCUGUCUCAGCAGCAGGUCGUGAGAAGAUACAUUCUGGGUUCCAUCGUUGAAAGCGAGAAGAGCUACGUAGAUGCUCUCCGCAGGAUCUUGGAGCAAUAUGAGAAGCCGCUGUCUGAGAUGGAGCCCCGGCUCCUGAGUGACAGGAAGCUCAAGAUGGUAUUCUAUCGUGUCAAGGAGAUUCUGCAGUGCCACUCCAUGUUCCAAAUUGCCCUGGCCAGCCGCGUGUCCGAGUGGGAUGCCGUGGAAACCAUCGGUGAUGUUUUUGUGGCCUCGUUCUCCAAGUCCAUGGUGCUGGAUGCUUACAGCGAGUAUGUGAACAACUUCAGCACAGCCGUGGCAGUCCUCAAGAAGACAUGCGCCACAAAGCCUGCCUUCCUCGAGUUCCUAAAGCUGAGCCAGGACUCCAGUCCAGACCGGGUCACACUCCACAGCCUUAUGAUGCGACCCAUCCAGAGGUUCCCACAGUUCAUCCUCCUGCUGCAGGACAUGCUGAAGAACACGGCCAAAGGACACCCUGACAGGCUGCCCCUCCAGAUGGCACUGACAGAGCUCGAGACCCUUGCGGAGAAGCUAAACGAGAGAAAGAGAGACGCCGACCAGCGCUGUGAAAUCAAGCAAAUAGCCAAAGCCAUAAACGAGAGAUACCUGAACAAGCUCCUCAGCAGUGGAAACCGGUACCUCAUUCGGUCCGAUGAUGUGAUCGAAACGGUUUAUAACGACAGGGGAGAAAUCAUCAAGACCAAAGAACGCCGGCUCUUCAUGUUGAAUGACGUGCUGAUGUGUGCUACUGCCAGCUCACGGACUUCACAUGAAAGCCAUGCUGUGAUGAGCCAGAGGUACCUGCUCAAGUGGAGUGUCCCCCUAGGACAUGUGGACGUGAUCGAGUACGGUGGCAGUUCUGGUGCCGGGGAGCACAGUAGGCACCAUGGCCCACACUCGCCUGAAAGCCUGGCCGUGAUGGCAAAUGUAAAGCCACACAAAGUUUACAUGGGGCCAGGGCAGCUGUACCAGGACCUGCAGAACCUGCUGCAUGACCUGAACGUCGUUGGCCAGAUCUCGCAGCUGAUCGGAAACCUUCGAGGGAGCUAUCAGAAUUUAAACCAGUCAGUAGCCCAUGACUGGACAGCAGGCUUGCAACGGCUGGUUCUGAGGAAAGAAGAUGACAUCAGAGCUGCUGACCGCUGCAGGAUUCAGUUACAGCUCCCAGGAAAGCAGGACAAGUCAGGGCGGCCCACUUUCUUUACUGCCGUGUUCAAUACGUUCACACCUGCCAUCAAGGAGUCCUGGGUGAGCAGCCUGCAGAUGGCCAAGCUGGCACUCGAGGAGGAGAACCACAUGGGAUGGUUCUGUGUGGACGACGAUGGCAACCUAGCCAAGAAGGAGACACACCCUCUCCUGGUGGGACACAUGCCUGUGAUGGUGGGCCAAGCAGCCAGAAUCGAGUGUGCAGCUUACAACCCCGAGCCUUACCUAAGCAACGAAAGCCAGCCAGCUUCACCCUGCGCAGCACGUGGUUUCCUGUGGAUUGGAAGCUGUAGCAAUCAGAUGGGUCAGGUCGCCAUUGUUUCCUUCCAAAGCCCCAACCCCAAAGUCAUUGAAUGCUUCAACGUGGAAUCGCGCAUCCUGUGCAUGGUCUACAUUCCUGCAGAGGAGCCCCGGGAAGCCAUGGAUCCAGAGGCCACAGCUGUGAGAGCAUCCCAUGGGCCCACCAUCUGCCUGGGCACAGAGGAGGGAAGCAUUUCCAUUUACAAAAGCAGUCAGGGCUGCAAGAAGGUGAGGCUUCAGCACUUCUACACACCGGAAAAGUCCACGGUCAUGAGCUUGGCCUGCUCCCUGCAAGGCCUGUACGCAGGCCUGGUCAAUGGGUCAGUAGCCAGCUACACCAAGGCUCCAGAUGGAUCCUGGAACUCAGAACCCCAGCAAGUGAUCAAGUUGGGCGUCCUGCCUGUCAGAAGCCUUCUCCUGGUGGAGGGUGCGCUGUGGGCAGCCUCGGGAGGGCAGGUGUUCAUGGCCAGCCUGGAGACUCACACCAUAGAGAAUCAGCUGGAGGCCCACCAGGAUGAAGGGAUGGUCAUCUCCCACAUGGCUGUGGCUGGCGUUGGCAUUUGGAUUGCCUUCACCUCGGGGUCCACCCUUCGCCUCUUCCACACAGAGACCUUGAAGCACCUACAGGAUGUCAACAUUGAUGCCCCCGUGCACAGCAUGUUGCCAGGACACCAGCGCCUGUCUGUGACCAGCCUCCUCGUGUGCCAUGGCUUGCUCAUGGUUGGUACCAGCCUGGGUGUUGUAGUGGCGCUGCCAGUCCCUCGUCUUCAGGGUAUCCCCAAAGUGACAGGAAGAGGCAUGGUCUCCUACCAUGCACAUAAUGGGCCCGUUAAGUUCAUUGUCAUGGCCACAGCCUUCCAGAAGAACAAGGACAGAGCCAGGGACAGCCCACCCUCUGGCCCAGAGCCUCAGGAUGAAGACCCCAAGGACAUGCUCUGCAGUGAGGAUGGCACUUCCUGCCUGGGCCAGACAGAUGGCAACACGAGCAUCUGGUUAGGAGACUCAGUAGGACUGACAGCUGAGAAGAAUGACCCGCCUUCAUCCUCGGGGUCACUGAGCCUGUCCCAAGGCUCCAGCUCCCUAGAGUACAGAUCUAUGGACAGCAGCCUGUGUGACCUCCUGAAGGACCCUAGCGCUUCCCCAAGGAGCAGGGCACAGCGCUCUCGGAGAGCCAAAGCCAGCUCAGCGCUGGUGGUGUGCGGCGGCCAGGGCCACCGGCGAGUGCACAGGAAGGCCAGGCAGCCUUCCCAGGAGGACCUGGUUUCUUCAGUGAUGGUGUGGCAGAUCCCAUUGCUAAGCAUGUAGGUCAGAGAUGCUGCUUGACAUCAGGUGGCAAGCAGGGACAAUUCUCAGCCAGAUGCAGGCCAAGUGGCGGAAGCUGCAUCCAUACCACUGGGACCAACUGGAAGCAGAGUGUGGGAAAGAAACAGGCAGCGAUCACACAGCUUUCCUGCCUUCUCCCACAGCACAGCCAAGUCCAGAUGGGCUAGGGAGACAGAGGAGCAUCCUGGGUUUUGAGUCACUGAGCAGAAUUCCAGGAUCGUGCUACAGUGUGUCCCUUCAUUUGCCUGAGAUGCAAAGUGCACCAAAAGCACCAGUUCCAGGCACAUCUCAGAGAACUGACAGGGAAAUGUAGCGUCCAGUAGCCUAGGAGGUCACUAACAGUCC